AUUUUCUAAUUUGCUCAUAACUUUUAAAACAAUAAAUCUUAUUUUCCCAUCUUUUAAUAUUUAAAAAACGAGAGAAUUGAAGACUUGGACCAGGCAAAGGGCGCGAGAGGAAGAGGAAUAAUAGUCAGCGAGAACGGGUCAUUGAUUUAUUUACUUCUGUCCAACUCCUUACUUUUCUUAUUUAUAUCAUUUUUUUUUUCCAUUUUCUCCUCUCUAGGAAUCUCUUCUUUUCGUUGGUUUCAUCUCAAACAUUGAAGUUUUCUUGAGAUUCUGAAGAAUUCUUUUACUGUUAUUUCAGGGCUGUUCAAUCUAAAUUGUGGUGAAGAAAAAUGGCUCGUCCAGGUGUUCCAAAAUUUGGUAACUGGGAAAAUGAAGAGAAGAUUCCCUACACGGUCGUCUUCACUAAUGCAAGGAAAAAUAGAGGUGGAAAGAUGAUAAAUCCAAACGACCCGCUAGAGAAUCCAGAUAUGUUCCCCAACAUGGAUCCUUCUCCUCCAGCUUCUGCUCCAUCGAAGCCCAUAAGAACUAGACCAAAUGAACCAAUUGCAAGGGUAGCAGAUAGGCCAACACCUGACCAUAGGGUGAGUAGAGAAGAUUUUGAUUUUAGACAGUCGAAUAAUCCUCCAGCUCGAAGUGAAAAUAUGGUACAGAAAUCUGCUAAUGAAUCUACUCAUCGCAAUUAUGGAGACCGUGGAGCAAGGUCCAAUGGACCUGCAAGGCAAAGUGCAGGAUCCGAGUACAGCAUUGAACGGUCACCACUUCAUCCACAUUAUCAGGCCAAGGUUUCAGGGAGAGGUAAUAGUUCUUUUUCUUCAGAAGGAAAGAACUCGUAUGAUAGCAGUCACGGCACUCCUGGAAGAUCUCGACUAAGGCCAGUUACUAAGGGAGAUGAAACUCCUGAUAAAAGUGCUGCAGUUCCAAAAUUCGGCAUAUGGAACGAUGAUGAUCCUCAAUCUGCCGAAAAUUUUACUCAACUUUUCGAUGAUGCUCGGAAGGGAAGGAAUGUGGGGCCUGGAAAUAGCUCUGGCACGCCGAAACAUACAUCUCACAACACACCAAUGCAUCAGCACAAUAACAAUCAGAAGAAAUGCUGCUUUCCUUGGUUCUGAAUAGUUUGGAGGCUCUCCUGAUUACUAAUUCUAGUUGGCCAAAAAACAAACAAGAGUGGGAUAUUUUUUUUUUUUUUUGUUCAUGUACUGUAGUUUAUACAUUUUCGCUGUUGUUUAUAUACUUUCAAGGAUUUUUCGUGCUGUUUUUGCAUUUAAGCGUGUUUCAUUUCUUCGCCGGGUUUUUUCACAUAUCAUGUAGCAUUUUUCAUAUUAAAGUUUGCAGAAUAAAACAUGCAAUGAUAGAUGUAAAUCAAUGAAAA